GUCGAAAUUGAAUCUACUCUACCCUCGAACGUUCUUUCAAAAAAACCAAAAGGACCGAAACCAAUAUGCGGUGUGAGAUUUUUUGGAACUGGUGACUAUGGUUGGUUUGGAAAUAAUGACCUUAAACCGUUUGAAAAGAAGGAGGCUGAAAUAUUAUUACAAAAAAUGCAAAAUAAAAGACGGGAUGACUUGCUAAAGAAAUCUAUUCGAGAAGCUCUAAACCCAUCAUCUUUUGAUGAUCCAAUGGAGGAAGAUGUUGAAGAAGCAGCAACAGAUGAUGACGAGGUUGAAUUGGAAGAUGAGAGUAAGAAAUCUACCGAGUCUUUAGAAAAUGAUGAUGGUGAAUAUGAUAAAAAAUCAAAAGUUCGUAGCAAAGGAACCAAAAAAGAUAAAGGAUAUACAGUUUCAAAGACUGCAGAGCGCCAAACAAAAGCUUCAAGGAGCACAAAACCAAAGAGAAAGGCUCGCGAUUAUUCUUCAGAAGAAGAAGUAGGAAGCCGUAGUGGAAAAGGCGUAAAGAAACAUAGAGCAACUGAAGAUAAACUUUCAAAGCGCAAAAGAAGUUCUGUAUCCUUAUCAUAUACUGAUGAUGAAGCAGAACAAAUGGAUGUAGAUGAACCUAGGGCUGAAGUGGAUACCAAAAAGAAGCAGGAACGUCGUCAGAAUUCAAAGAAAGAUAGGGGCACAUCUAGAAGCGAAGGAUCAAAAUCUCCAGGCAAGUUUGAUGAUGGAUCACCAAUUACAGGUGUUGUUGAGAAUAAGCAAAUAAACGAUGAUGCAGGUUUUGACAGAAAAGUAAACAAAUUAGAAUCGGAAAGUCAACAUAGAUCGACGAAAUCGCGCCAAUUUAAAACUCCCUCUGAAAAAUUACUUCAUUUUAGACAUAAGCUUCAAAGAAUGACGAUAAAAUCUACUAAAAUUGAG